UGCGGCUCCUGCGCGAACCGGCGACCCCCGGCUGCCUCAGCCACCAUGCCGCGCUCUUUCCUUGUCAGGAAGCCCUCCGACCCCCGCCGGAAGCCCAACUACAGCAAGCUGCAGGACUCCUCGCCGGAGUUUAGCUUCCAGCAGCCCUACGACCAGGCCCACCUGCUGGCCGCCAUCCCACCUCCGGAGGUCCUCAACCCUACCGCCUCCCUGCCCACCCUCAUCUGGGACUCCCUGCUGGUGCCUCAAGUCCAGUCGGUUGGCUGGGCCUCCCUUCCGCCCCAGGAGAGCCCCAAGGCAGGGGAGCUGACCUCCUUGUCCGAUGAGGACAGCGGGAAGGGCUCCCAGCCGCCCAGCCCACCCUCACCGGCUCCUUCGUCCUUCUCCUCCGCCUCAGCCUCUUCCCUGGAGGCCGAGGCCUAUGCUGCCUUCCCUGCCUUGGGCCACCUGCCCAAGCAGCUGGCCCAGCUGUCCGUAGCCAAGGACCCCCAGGCUCGCAAGGCCUUCAACUGCAAAUACUGCAACAAGGAAUACCUCAGCCUGGGCGCGCUCAAGAUGCACAUCCGAAGCCACACGCUGCCCUGUGUCUGCGGGACCUGCGGAAAGGCCUUCUCCAGACCCUGGCUGCUGCAGGGCCACGUCCGGACCCACACUGGUGAGAAGCCCUUCUCCUGCUCCCACUGCAGCCGCGCCUUCGCUGACCGCUCCAACCUGCGUGCGCACCUGCAGACCCACUCAGACGUAAAGAAGUACCAGUGCCAGGCCUGCGCCCGCACCUUCUCCCGCAUGUCCUUGCUCCACAAACACCAAGAGUCAGGCUGCUCUGGGGGCCCCCGCUGACCUCCUGCCUCUCCGCCCCACCUCAGCAGCCUUCUCGCUGCCUCCUGAGCGCCCAGGCCUGGCUGUGUUGGGCCCACAGGACUUCGGUGAAGCCUGCCUCGUUCUGAUCUCUGCCCUGGCCUCAGUGAGCUUGGAAAGAGGCCUCCAUGGCCUUUUCUGUGGACAGUACUGGGAACGGCGGGGACAGCAGUUUGCCUUGGAGUCCUUCCUGCUGGAGCAUUCCUGAGGUGGCU